UACCGUAUAAACCUUAAAUGAUGAUAUUUAGUCCUUAUGAUAAAUAUAAUUUUGCACAAAUUGAAAUCUACAAACGACGAUUGCGCGUAGUGCAUGAAACUUGACAUAUCUGCAUGCCAGACAUCUACACGUAGACACCUAAGUGUGCGCGGAAGACACGUUAAGUCGUGGCGUGAAGCAACGUAGCUUCAGAUUCUUUGAAUAAUGAUUCUGUUUAUUAUGAUAUAAGUUUUAAUAUCAUUCUAAUAUAUUCAACGAUUUCAUUUACUAAAAUUCAUUCUACACGUCAAUGUAUUUUUACUUAAGGUCUAAUUGUCUUAAACAAAAUGAGAAUUGUGCAGUUGAAACGAAACCGUCUUCUUAGUAUUAUUGUCUCUAGUGUAUUUACGCUUUAUAUGUUAUAUGUUGUUGUGAUUUUUUUUUCUGACAAACCUAUCAAUAACUUAACGGAAUAUUGGUCGGACAGUCUGAAGGCCAAACAGGUUCCAGUUCUAUCAAAAGAUCUUGGUAACUUUGAACCCAAACAUGUAUCAAUUAAAAAUGGACCUGGAGAGAGAGGUAAACCUUAUAUCCUUAGGGAUGAUCAGCAGAAUGAUGUUCAACAAUCAGAAUCAGAAUAUGGCAUGAAUAUAGCAUGUUCAGAUGAAAUUUCAUUAGAUAGAUCAAUCCCUGAUACAAGAAUGCCUGAAUGUAAACACUGGAAUUAUCCAGAAGUACUCCCUAAAACUAGUGUAAUUAUAGUAUUUCAUAAUGAAGGCUGGUCUGUAUUAAUGAGAACUGUUCACAGUGUAAUAAAUCGCACUCCCCCACAAUUUUUGGAAGAAAUUUUGCUUGUAGAUGACUUCUCUGAUAAAGAUAAUUUAAAAGGAGAUUUAGAUUCCUACAUAGAACAAUGGGAAGGUAAAGUUAAACUAUUGAGGAAUGAUAAAAGAGAAGGUUUGAUAAGAACGAGAUCACGUGGUGCACGUGAAGCUAAGGGCGAAGUUAUAGUGUUUUUAGAUGCACACUGUGAAGUUAAUGUUAAUUGGUUACCACCCCUUUUAGCUCCAAUAGCUGUUGAUAGGACUGUAAUGACAGUUCCCAUUAUUGAUGGCAUUGAUCACAAGACCUUCGAAUACCGACCUGUAUAUCAAGAAGGGCAUUUAUAUCGAGGUAUUUUUGAAUGGGGAAUGUUAUAUAAAGAAAAUGAGCUUCCUGCACGGGAGAAAAAAACACGACCUUAUAACAGCAUGCCGUACAAGUCCCCUACUCAUGCUGGUGGUUUAUUCGCAAUAAAUCGUGAAUACUUUUUAUCGUUGGGUGGAUAUGACGACGGAUUACUUAUAUGGGGCGGAGAAAACUUUGAGUUAUCAUUCAAAAUAUGGCAGUGUGGAGGAGGCAUUCUUUGGGUGCCGUGCUCGCACGUUGGUCAUGUAUACAGAGGGUUUAUGCCUUAUAAUUUUGGAAAAUUGGCUCAAAAGAAAAAGGGACCACUGAUAACCAUAAACUACAAGAGGGUGGUGGAAACCUGGUUUGACGAUAAAUACAAAGAAUUCUUUUACACGAGGGAACCACUGGCACAAUUGCUCGAUCAUGGCGAUAUAUCAGAACAAUUGGAAUUUAAAAGACGGAAAAGAUGCAAAAGUUUUCAAUGGUACAUGGAAAAUGUCGCUUACGAUGUUUUCGAUAAGUUUCCUGAGCUACCACCUAACAUUCACUGGGGAGAGUUGCGAAAUGUAGCAACAGGAAUGUGUUUAGAUACAAUGAGUCAUUCUCCUCCUAGUUUAAUGGCUACAACUGACUGCCACGGAUUUGGUAAUAAUCAGUUAAUUAGAUUAAACGCGAAAGGUCAAUUAGGCGUCGGAGAACGAUGCAUAUCCGCCGAUAGUCAAGGAGUGAAAUUCGUAUUUUGUCGUUUAGGGACUGUAGAUGGUCCAUGGCAAUACGAUGAGAAAACAAAAACACUUCUACACAGAGUGCACAAAAAGUGCAUGGCACUUCAUCCUCAAACACAACAGUUGUCGCUGAUGCCAUGCGACAUCAAUAAUACGUAUCAGCAGUGGUCUUUUCAUCAAAUUCAUCCACAAUGGUGAAGGAACAACAAAUUGUGAUUAAGAUACAUGGUGUUUCUUUCUUCCUAUAACGAAUAGUUCAGAUAUUUGUGCAAAAUGAAAAAAUGUGUACAAAUCAUACUACAAAUUCUUUUUUAGAGUGAUAAUCAUAAAAUGUUAGUCUACAAAAAAUAGUGCUGUGAAAUCUGAACAGUGCUAAAAUAAGACUUACAUCAGAAACUGUGAAUAACUCAUUAAUGAGAUGAACGAACUUUUUACUUCAAUAAGAUCUUAAUGAAACCUGUUUUUUAUUUAACGCAAUAACAUAAUUUAUUAAAAUGCCUUUACGUUUGAGAUUCUUUUACACAACUGCCUAAUAGCGUCGAAUAUGGUGAUAGGUCGUGGUUUUACAUUAAAUGAAUUUAACUUUACUCCUAUUUUAAUUAGUUUUUGAGCGAUAGAAUAAAAUCAUUAAAAAUCAUUUCUCUUUAUAACAAAUAUUACCUAUAUUACCUAUAUUUGCUCGGGAUAAAGAAAAGAAAGAAUUCGCAUAUCCAUCAACUGCAUAAAACAUUUGCGAGUAUUUUUAUGACAAAUAUGUUAAACAUCGCUCAAAUGUUGGUAAAUAAGGAUAGAUAAAGCUAGUUUUUUAAAGUUGUAACAUGUCUUGUAACAUGUAAGAAAUCCAUGGUUAAGUAAAAAGUUGCUUCUGUGAAUAAUAUUGAUUUCGGGUUUUAUUAUAUUGUUUCUAUCAAUAUUAAAAAAUGUUCGUUUGUCACAUAUUUGCAUCGACUGGGUAAUAAAACUCACAAACGUUUAUGAAUUAUUAUUGAGAUUGGUGGAUCACGUCUCAAGGAAUGUUUCAAUCAUUUUGGAGUGCAUUUCGCUUAUAUUAUCGAUAUAAUGUGAGAAUGUGUGCUUCCAUUUUUGACUGAUUUUUUCUUAAGAGAACAUGUUACUGACAUAGUUUUGUAAUAGUUUCCCAUUUUUUAAAACGCACUUUCAGGCAAGAAGUUACUUAGCAUAAUAUAAAGACAGAAAGAAAUGUUUUAUCGAAGAUCAUGUACUAAUAAAGCAAAUAUAUAAUUUGUAAUAA